AUGUCUCUGAACGUCUCUGAACGUUUCCGUGACUCGAUAAUAAGCUUGGAACGCUUCGAUGACCGCCUAAUGAAGAUCGUGCCUGCCAUCGAACGUCAAAAAUACCAUCUCUUCUCAGCGUAUGCUCAGCAGACUGGAUGCUCCGAGCAAACCAAGGACACGUUCUGGAACUUGCUCGAUGAAAAAAGACAGCUGAAGUACCGUUACAAGAAGCCAUAG